GAAAAAGGCCUUUGUACCUUGUAUAACAUGUUUGAAAACAUCUCCUUCAAAGGAAAAGGACACGAGGCAGAGGACCUUGAGGCUCUUCUGGAGGGCUUUCGGGGCUGGGCACGCCAGCUAUGUCCUCAGCGUGACUUUGAGGACCUGGCCACACACUUGGAGGAAAUGGGAAGGCUCUCACAGGUUCAGUCCCUGGUUCCUGCCCUUCAGACUUGCUGGAGAGACAUGCACUGGGGCUUGGUGUCCUCAUGGGGCCCGACAGACUGUGCUGGGAGUGAGCGCAAAGAUGGCAGUCUGGGAGAUGGAGCCAAAGCCGAGGAGAACGCUGAGGAAGCUUUCAGUUAAGAAGCUGAUUGCAGGAGGAGUGUGACCGAAGGCCCACAGUGCGACCGAACAGGACGCGGAAGUCCAGGAUUGCGGACCAGAAGGGUCCGACGUGUGGCAGGCAGCGGAGCUCUCACGGUGUACAAUUUGGACUUUGAUCAGGAAACCUACAUAAUAAACUAGAUCAUUCUAGUCACUUCUAAACAGAUAAAGUACUGUGGUAAUUUAAAAUAUUAAGUAUUAUUGGAGUACACAGCCAGAAUAACACAUAAACAGUUUUUUUGGCCUUUGCGACUGGUGUCAGAAUGCCUGCCUCAGGGUGAAGCCCUGGCCAC